AUGGUGGCGGUUUCUCCUUUUCCAGUACGCGGUCCUCUUUUGUCCUCUGUCGUUGCCUCCCUGUCUUCGACUUCACUUCCCUGGGUUCCACGUCUGUUGAGUGGCCGUGUUGCCGCCGCGGAGACGCAUGCGAGGCGAGCCGUUUCCCGGCCGUAUCACAGCCGCCGGCGAGAUGGCGUGACGCCCCCGCAGCCGUAUCGCCUUUCUUCGGCCCGCUUGUCGCCAUGGCCCCCCUCCACUCCCUCCCCUUACUCUCCUUCCCCCUAUCUUUCUUUCUCUCCUUUCCCCUCUCUUUCUUCCUCUCCUUCCCCCUCUCUUUCUUCCUCUCCUUCCCCCUCUCUUUCUUCCUCUCCUUCCCCCUCUCUUUCUUCCUCUCCUUCCCCCUCUCUUUCUUCCUCUGCUUCCCCCUCUUUUUUUUCCUCUCUUUCUUCCUCUCCUUCUUCCUCUCCGGAGUCUGUGCCUCCGUCGUGGCCGCGACUUUCAGACUCAGAGCUUUCCAAGAUCUUUCAAGCGGCUGCGGCGCCGAGAGCAGCGACAGGUGAAGACAGCGGCAGCCUCAAGCGCAGGCCGACGGUGCCCGCCAAUCGGCUCUUCAAAGCGCUCCUCCGCUCUGGCCUCCUCGACAGAGAUUUGGGCGGGGUGGCGCAGAAAGACAGCAAAACCGCCCCCGCCAUUGAAUUUGGACAGCUUUGCGAGUUCUACGAGCAAGGAAGAUUCUACGAUACUUGGGGUGGGGGAGCUCAAAUCCUAAAGAUCUCCGGGGUCAGGGGCCUCGCACCUCCCGGCGGAAACUUGAAAGGCGGCAUAAUCGACAGCACUCCUAAAUGCAUGAACUACGAAGAAUUCAGAACAUUCGUACAGGCAGUGCGCGUUUGGCUGCGAGACAAACACAGCCCCGUUCCUCUCAGUGGCGCCACAAUGAAGGCGACAGGCUCUUCGACAACGCCAGGUCGCGUCGUCGAUUGA